AUGUUAACUCAUCCAAUAAAACUCGUAGCCAAGAUAGACCCCUUAAAGUAUUUUCUCAAUGAGGCAGAUUUGACAGGAAGAUUGGCAAAAUGGGUUUUAAUUCUCAGUGAGUUUGACAUACAAUAUGUAGAUUGGAAAGACAUCAAAGGCCUGGUCAUUGCGGAUCAGUUGGCAGAGACACCUUUAGUAGAUAAUCAAGCAUUGCAUUCAGAAUUUCUAGAUGCAUCAAUCCUUGCAAUCACAAAUCACACAUGGAAACUCUAUAUUGAUGGAUCCUACACUCGGCAUGGAUUAGGAGUUGGAAUCUUAUUUGUUACGCCACAAAGAGACACUAUAUCAAGAUCAUACCAAUUAUUAUUUCCUUGUACAAAUAAUAUGGUUGAGUAUGAAGCACUUUUGACAGGAAUUAAAAUGGCAGUAGAGUGGAAAAUAAUAGAUCUGAAUGUUUAUGGAGAUUCUCAGUUAGUCAUCAAUCAGGUAAAUGACAAUUAUCAGACUAAGGAUGAAAAGUUAAUGCCAUACAAGCGUAUGGUAGAUGACUUCAAGAAAUAUCUUAUUUCCAUUCACUUUGAACAAGUGCAUAGACUAGAAAAUAAAGCAUCUGAUGCUAUAGCAACCAUUGCCUCUCUUACCGAGAUACUUGAAAAAUAA